CAAGUUGUAAUUUUGUGCUCAACAGAAGAACCUGGAGGGCUAUGUUGGCUUUGCUAAUCUUCCCAACCAAGUUUACAGAAAGUCUGUAAAAAGAGGUUUCGAGUUUACGCUCAUGGUUGUAGGGGAAUCUGGGCUGGGGAAGUCGACGCUUAUUAACUCCCUCUUCCUGACAGACUUGUACUCCCCUGAAUACCCUGGUCCCUCCCACAGAAUAAAAAAGACUGUACAGGUCGAACAGUCGAAGGUUCUGAUAAAAGAAGGUGGGGUCCAACUUCUGCUCACCAUCGUUGACACCCCAGGGUUUGGUGAUGCUGUUGACAACAGUAACUGCUGGCAGCCUGUAAUCGAUCACAUCGACAGUAAAUUUGAGGAUUACCUUAACGCAGAAUCCCGGGUCAACAGGCGUCAAAUGCCUGACAACAGAGUGCACUGCUGCCUGUACUUCAUCGCCCCCUCUGGACAUGGACUGAAACCUUUGGACAUCGAGUUCAUGAAGCGGUUACAUGAAAAAGUGAACAUCAUUCCGCUCAUCGCAAAAGCUGACACAAUGACCCCUGAGGAGUGUCAACAGUUUAAAAAGCAGAUUAUGAGAGAAAUCCAGGAGCACAAAAUAAAAAUAUAUGAGUUCCCAGAGACAGACGAUGAGGAGGAAAUGAAGCUGGUCAGGAAAAUCAAGGAUCGUUUACCCUUGGCUGUGGUCGGUAGUAACACCAUUAUCGAGGUCAACGGAAAGCGAGUGCGUGGGAGGCAGUACCCCUGGGGCGUGGCUGAAGUUGAGAACAGCGAACAUUGUGAUUUUACAAUUCUUCGAAACAUGCUCAUCAGAACCCACAUGCAGGACCUGAAAGAUGUGACCAACAACGUCCAUUAUGAAAACUACCGCAGCAGGAAGCUAGCAGCAGUCACCUACAACGGCGUAGACAACAAUAAGAACAAAGGACAGCUAACCAAAGUUGAGACAGGCGAUGGCAUGAGUCCUCUGGCCCAGAUGGAGGAGGAGCGAAGGGAGCAUGUGGCAAAAAUGAAAAAGAUGGAGAUGGAGAUGGAACAAGUGUUUGAGAUGAAGGUCAAAGAGAAGAUCCAGAAACUCAAAGACUCUGAGGCUGAGCUUCAGCGACGUCACGAACAGAUGAAAAAGAACCUUGAGGCCCAGCACAAGGAGCUGGAGGAGAAACGUUGCCAACAUGAGGAGGAGAAAGCCAACUGGGAGGCCCAGCAGAGGAUGCUGGAACAGCAGAAACUAGAUGCCUCCAGGACCUUGGAAAAAAACAAAAAGAAGAAGAUAUUUUAAUCAUUUUUGGAGGACCGUCACCACAUUACAGUGUACUAGUUGUCAACCUGCCAGCCUGGAUCAUCAGUCUGCCUGUCAACAACAUCCGCUGUUUGACCAGCUCACUGUGUGAUGAAAGUGAAAGCCAGAGGGGUGCUGUCAUCUGGACUCUUGAGUCAGUCUCAGUCAAAGGAUUGGCACACUCUGGAGAAUACUCCAUUAUGUUUGAUUUCUCUUUCCUUCUGUUUCUUUCUCCUCUUUAAAGAGCUCUUUUCUCUGUAUCGAUUCCUUUGAUGGACGCAUGAAGACGGUUGUAGACUCAUUUUUUGUGAGUCCCUGUUCACAAGUACAAGCAUAUUCACACAGAAAACACAACUAGUGUUCCUGUUGGCUCCACAGUGGUGAUCAGGAUAAGAUAGUUGGGUCAUUUGUUGUUUUUUUUUUUUUUGCUUUUCUUCCUGGUAGUUUGGUAAUAUUGAACGCUGCAUGGCUCUGUGCUGCAUUCUCCUAAUGCCAAAUGACCAAAUGGAGUAGGCCUUUCACUUCCUGCACCUUGGCAGACUGCAGAAGGCUGAAGCUCACCUCAGGCAUUUCUUUCUUUUUCUUUCUUUUUUUUUUUUUUUUAUACCUUUUAGUUCUGUUAUUGAGGUGUCUUUUUUUCCUUCCUCCCAAGAUGUAAUCCUUGUCCAUCUCCUGUAAGUUAAAUUAUAUACCCAUGGACCGCAGUGUUUAACUUCAUGUAACAGUUCUUACUUUUUGUGCAUUUCUUUUUCUAUAUAUUGGCCAUGCUAUAGUUAAUUUUGUGUCAGAUAUCUUAACCAGUGUUUCCCAUCUCUGCUUUUGGAAGUCAACCAUGUAUUCCUGACUUCACUCGUGCUGAGUGUAAUAAUAAGAAGAAACUCACAGAUAUGCAUAAAAUACUUUUACAUGAACCAGCAACCCUUUUUUUGACAUUCUUGUAUAGAUUCCUUAUGGAAGGAAAUGUUUGUGGGGCAGAAAUAAACAGCAUAUAUCCAUUGGGGUCCCAGGGGCAGGAUUUGGAAACCCUGUGUCAGGUGUUGGAGAGAGGAGCUCGAGCUGAACAACUCCCAUCAGUUUUACCAAAGGCGGCUUUCCUCACAUCACAUUUAGCUUUGUUUGUGUACUGCAUCUAUAUUUUGUAAUGUCUUUUGUUUUUAUUGUACAAAGUCACAUAAUAAAAUUGUGAUGGAACAAA